UUAACUAAAUUUCACCAUUAAAAUUGUUGAUUGAUUUGUUUUCCAGGGCAUAUUUAUGCAACUACUGCCUUGCUAGUUGUUGUAGUGCUCUGAAGAACUUCACUGGGUGUUUUCAAGUAAAUGAGGACCGUUGAAGUGGAUUCGUGACUGUGAAUUAGGUUAACUUUGUGCAGUGGUUGAGUAAAAGCAUAAUGAGUUCUCGGCAUCGCGAUAGGAGCCGUUCUCGAUCUCGUGAUCGCGAGCGGCACAAGGAGCGCGACCGGGAGAAGGGUCGAGACCGAGAUCGGGACCGAGAGCGUGACCGGGAUAAAGAUCGAGACCGUGACCGCGAUAGAGACCGCGGGCGGGACCGGGACAGGGACCGCCACCGCUCUAAGAGAGACAAGGAGGACCGAGGCCGUAGCCGUGACAGGCACAAGGAAAAACGCCGAAGUCGGAGUCGGAGUCAUAGUCGUGGACGGAAGUCCAAAGAUAGGGAUGGAACCAUAGCCCUCCUGGACCAGAUGGUGGGCACCACAACAAAGGCUACAGCACGGGCAGUGGCCGGCAAUGGUGUGGCCAACCCUGCAGCGCAUGCUGCCAUCCUUGCUGCGGCAGCUGUUGCCCAGACAUUCGUGGCGCAGCGCCGCAUGGCGGCCCCGGUGCAGCCGGCGGCGGCCGCAGCGGCGGCUCUAUCCGCCGCCACCGCCAUCCCGCCGCCGACCUCCGUGCAGCAGAAGCUCGAGCAGCUGCAGGCGCGCUCCGAGGGCAGAUACAGGGACAAGUCCCAACCCCCACAGGACUACCACCCUGAUGAUGACACAGACGACGGCCAGGGUCCGCCGGGCGAGACGGCGGCGGAGCGGCGCGCGCGGCGGCGGCGCACGCGCUGGACGGGCGGCGCGCACGACAAGACCUUCAUCCCCGGCCUGCCCACCGCGCUGCCCUCCACGCUCACCCCGCAGCAGGAGGAGCAGUAUCUACUGCAGCUGCAGAUCGAGGAGGUGUCGCGGAAGCUGCGCUCGGGCGACCUGGGCAUCCCGGCCAACAUCGACGAGAGGUCGCCAUCCCCCGAGCCGAUCUACUCGACGGACGGCAAGCGGCUGAACACCCGCGAGUACCGCACCAGGCGGAAGCUGGAGGAGGAGCGCCACCGGCUCGUCACCAGGAUGCAGACCAUCAACCCGGACUUCAAGCCCCCUCCGGACUACAAGCCACCAAUAAUCCGCGUGCACGACAAAGUGAUGAUCCCUCAAGAGGAGCACCCCGACAUCAACUUCGUGGGGCUCCUGAUCGGGCCCCGAGGCAACACGCUCAAGGCCAUGGAGAAAGAGACGGGCGCCAAGAUCAUCAUCAGGGGCAAGGGAUCGGUCAAGGAGGGCAAGGUCGGUCGCAAGGAUGGGCAGCCACUGCCGGGCGAGGACGAGCCUCUUCACGCGUACAUCACGGCUGCCAGCGCCGAGUGCGUCAAGAAGGCUCUUGAUAAAAUCAAGGAGGUUAUUCGACAAGGCGUUGAGGUUCCAGAAGGUCAGAACGACCUGCGGCGCAUGCAGCUGCGCGAGCUCGCGCAACUCAACGGCACGCUGCGCGAGUCCGACGCGCCGCGCUGCGCCAACUGCUCCGCGCUCGACCACAAGACCUGGCUGUGUCCGGACAAGCCCAACGUGACGUCGGCGGUGGUGUGCUCCGCCUGCGGAGGCGCCGGCCAUAUCGCGAGGGACUGUCGAGCCAGGCGGCCCGGACAUACACCAACCUCCAUGCCUAACAAGGCUAAGAUCGACGAAGAGUACAUGUCUCUGAUGGCGGAGUUGGGCGAGGCGCCGCCGCCCGGCAGCAACCACAGCGGGGGCGGGGGAGGCGGAGGGGGAGGGGGAGGAGGGGGAGGAGGCAACAACGCUCGACGGUUCGGCGGCGGCCUGUUCCAGCAGGCGCCGCCCCAGCGCGCGCUAUGCGCUCCGCCGCCACAAGGCAACAUCCCGCCGUCGCUGCCGCCGCCGCCGACCGCGUACCCGCCGCCGCCGCCGCCGCCGCCGCACGCCGCGCCGUGGCUCGGCGUGGCCAGCAACCAGCCGCCGCCGCCGGGCCUGCCGCCCGCCUUCCCGCCGCCGCCGCCGCCGCAGCACCACCAGGGUGACAAGAUGGGUCCUGGCCCCAUGCAACACAUGGCGCCGCCGCCGCCACCACCUGGUAUGAUGGGCAUCCCCCCGCCGGGCAUGGUUGGGCCGCCGCCGGGCUCGGGGGGGUGGCGCGGCGGGGUGGGGGUGGGGGUGGGGGGGUACAACCCGCCGCCGUGGGGCGCGCCGCCGCCGCCCUUCCUCGCGCCGCCGCCGCCGCCGCCUCCCGCCAACCACGAUUAAUGUCGUCACAUCACUACGUAUAGACCACGGUGUUGUCGACUUGCCAACUUACCUACAUGCUAAAAUUCGGUGGUUGCAUUAAACCGUCUGUCUCCGUUAAAACGAUUGCUAAAUUUUACUAUAUAAAAGUUCACAGCUAAGGCUAAGUGACGUUGUUCAAGUGACGUUGGUCGGUUGUAAGUUGUGCAAUUGGCCCUAAAUCUAGCAACUAUUGAAGACGCGUCUUCAAUUUCCAACUUGGAAAUAAAUGACAUGCUCUGCGAGUAUAUUACUCGCCAUUUGAUGUAUCGGGAAGCCUAUCUACUCACAAAUAUCUGAACACGGCUCUAUUGUUAGAGCCUUUAAGUAUCCUCUGCCUUGGUUAGCAACUGUAAAAUAAUUCAGUCCCUACACCCCAUCUAAAAUACACAUAUAUGCACACUUUUAUCACAUAUAACGGUAUUUCAAAUCCCAAACUUAACAAGGAAUUCUAAAUUAAAAUCUAAACGUAACGAAGUAUUCAAACUCCUUAAACGCAAUAAAGAAAUUGCUAUAAAUGCAAUGUAAACCACAUAUGUAAUAUAAAGUUGAAGCAAUACGGCCCGUCCAGUGUAGUACGCCGCUAGACCCACCUUUAGGGAUAUAAGUCUUUAAGUUCACUCGCAUAGUGACUUUUCGAUAGGAAUUAUGUUUAUUAACAUAUUGAACCUAGAUUUUAUGUUUUAAUAUUAUAAUUUAUCCAUAUAUUGCAACUUAAAAAAAAACUAUUGGUGGUUUUAUAAUUUGACCAGCGAGCGAAUUAUGGUCCUGAUUACAGUGAAUGCUUGAUAAUAAGUUUUUCUUUCAAUCGCGCAGUAUAAAAAAUAACUUCACUCGUCAUGAGUAAAUAAAUAGAUACAGACUGAAAAAAAACAUAUUUCACCACACCAGCGGCUUACUUUGCACUUCAAAAACUCAUAGCAAUUGCUAUCAGUAAUUCACAUGUGAGGCAAAGUAAUCAAAUGCAAAUUUUGAGUUGUUUUCUUAUAUGUUUGCUGGUAGAAUUGACUUUUAAAUGAUGAUUUUGGAUGAUAAAUAUUUAAUACGUUUAAUAACAUUCAUUUGGAUUUGAUUUGGUUUGAUUUUAUUUGGUAUUUUACAAUGGGGUUGGCAACUGUCAAAGGUUUGCAUAGGUGGCGCCAUCAUAGCUUGCCCCUUUUUCUAUGAGAUUUGGCUUAAAGGGCUGGCAUCCAGUGUAUUAAAAAAACAAAAAUUUUACACAAUUAUAGGGAUUGACAGGGCAAGCUAUGAUGGCGCCAUCUGCUAAAAACUUCCACCGGCCAACCCCAUUAAUAUUUGCUUCGGGUUGGUGUGGUGAAAAAUUUUGUGUUUCACUUGGGGGCAAAUUUUGUUUAACCCUCGUGCUUUGAAACCUCGCAACGCUCAAGUUUCCAUUUUUCGAACCAUUUGCUACGCUCGUGGUUAAAUUUUGGAAUCUUUCGCUUGCUCGGGUAUCAAUAUUAGCACGAGCGGUUAAACAAAAACUUUGCCCCCUUGUAAAACAAAUAACUAUUGUUGGGUGAUGUCGCCUUGUUUGACUCUCGGGAUGCCAAGAAGGCCUAUGUAGCCGUGCCCUCAGCGUUGCUCAAAUGUUCAUGACGUGUGGCGUUCAGAGGGUUAAGAAUGUUAGGUGAACUCGAGUAAUCAUUUUGCCGAUGUACUUGCUAAAAUGAGAUGAGAAAACUAUUGAAGAGUCCGUCUAAGACAGUCUAAGUUAAUUGCUUGAAAGUGACAAAGUGUGGAAAUGCCUCUAUAAAUGUAGUGGCACUCCGUUGUCACUGCAGUAUUUGUGCAGUUAGCUUGGUACGCCUCUGUGUAGAAUCUAAUCGAUACAUUGCCGGAUAAGUGGCACUAUGAUUCGAAGAUUUAGUAAUAAUGUAUUUACCCAUUGAUUUGACACGUUCUAUCACAACUAUGAAAUGGUAUGACAAAUAAGUAUGUAUAAAAUUGGUAUAUUAAUAAAUAGAUAUGAUAAAUAAA